CUUCGCAAUUAACUGUAACGAUCGAAGCUGUAUAUAAGCUCCGAACUGCUAUAACGCUGACAAAAGCUCGGCUGAAAGCUUGAAAACUUUACACACAGAGAGAGAGAGAGAGAGAGAGAGAGAGAGAGGACCAAGGGAAACAAAGGAAGAAAAUGAAGCUCAAAGUAUAUGCGGAUCGGAUGUCCCAGCCAUCUCGUGCUGUUAUUAUCUUCUGCAAGGUUAAUGGUAUAGACUUUGAGGAAAUCAAAGUGGAGCUGUCCAAACGCCAGCAAUUGUCUGCUGAGUUCAAAGAAAUAAACCCUAUGGGGAAAGUUCCAGCUAUUGUUGAUGGAAGAUUGAAGUUGUUUGAAAGUCAUGCAAUUCUUAUCUAUCUAGCUUGUGCAUUUCCUGGAGUUGCAGAUCAUUGGUAUCCGGCUGAUGUUUCCAGGAGGGCUAAAAUCCACUCGGUUUUGGAUUGGCAUCACUCUAAUUUACGCCGGGGUGCAGCCUCGUUUGUUCUCAAUACCGUACUAGCACCUGCACUUGGACUUUCCUUGAAUCCACAAGCAGCUGCUGAAGCUGAGAAACUUUUGUCCACAUCUCUGUCAAUAAUAGAGUCCAUUUGGCUCAAGGGGAAUGGACGCUUCUUGCUUGGUGGCUUUCAACCAUCCAUAGCAGAUCUCAGUCUGGUUUGUGAGAUUAUGCAACUAGAGCUUUUGUCUGAGGAGGAUCGCAGUCGUGUACUAGGUCCACACAAGAAAGUGCAGCAGUGGAUCCAGGACACAAGAAAUGCAACAAGACCCCACUUUGAUGAAGCGCAUAACAUCCUCCUCAAAGUCAAAACAAAACUUGCAGUGCAGCUGUCAGUGCGAGCAAACAGCGAGAUGGAAUCUAGCAUUAAAAGGGCGUUGCCUUCAAAGAUGUGAAAACCAUGUUGCUGUUACGGGGUAUGGUUGGCAUUGAAAAUGUGACCCAGGAACCCUAGUUUUGCUUGGUGGGCGAAGAAGGCCUAUCUCAUCGGGCUUAUAUCUGCCAAAUUACUGGGAGUCCAUGUGAAAUAAAUGUAGAAGUUUAUUUUAGCA